AUGGCGACUUCGGAGCCGUUUCCACUCCUGAGCACCUCAGCCGAUCAGCUACACAACGCUGCAGACCGUGUUUCCGCCUCUGCUGUCCGGAGGCGGAGACAAUCUAGCGGCCUGGGUUCCGAGUUGCGCGUGGGCGAUACGGGAGCCCCCGGCCUGGCUACAAGCAUCGCCAAUAUGGGCCAGAACAAAGAUGUCACCAAGCGUGCUCCUCGCAGACGCAAGGCCUACUUCCGCAGGUUCAAACAAUUCGCCACCAAGCACACCUGCGUCCUGCCCCUUGUGCUACUCUCCAUAUUCCUCUCGCUUUACGCCAUCAACCCAACCGAAUCAAACCCCGUCAGCCGCUUCAUUUUCCUAUCUUACGAACUACCGCCUGAGGCUCCGGGCAAGCCCCCACAAUAUGGAAAGGGCCGCUGGGAUAUCGCCUUCGUCACCUUCUAUACUAUUGUUCUUUCCUUCACGCGUGAGUUUAUCAUGCAGGAGCUUUUGCGGCCCCUCUCGCGUUAUGCUGGCGUCAAGAGCCGCGGAAAGCAAGCCCGUUUCAUGGAGCAGGCCUAUACGGCAAUUUACUUUGCCAUCCUCGGACCCGCUGGCAUGUAUGUCAUGAGCCGCACCCCGGUUUGGUACUUCAACACUCGCGGCAUGUACGAGAACUUCCCGCACAAGACCCACGAGGCCUACUUCAAGUUUUAUUACCUCUUCCAAGCCGCCUACUGGGCCCAGCAAGCUAUCGUCCUCGUCCUCGGCAUGGAGAAGCCUCGGAAGGACUUCAAGGAGCUGAUUGCCCACCACAUUGUGUCCCUGGCCCUUAUUGCUCUCAGCUACCGCUUUCACUUCACCUACAUUGGCCUUGCCGUCUAUGUCACCCAUGACAUUAGCGAUUUCUUCCUCGCUACGGCCAAGUUAAUGAACUACAUCGACCACGCCCUCACUGGGCCUUACUUUGCCUUUUUCAUGGGCGUCUGGAUCUACCUCCGUCAUUUCAUCAACCUGCGCAUCAUCUGGAGUUUGCUCACCGAGUUCCAGACUGUCGGCCCCUUUGAGCUGAACUGGGAAACCCAGCAGUACAAGUGCCGCCUGUCGCAGGUCAUAACACUGAGCUUGUUGUCUUCGCUCCAGGCUUUGAACCUCUUCUGGCUGUUCUUCAUCGUCCGCAUCGCCUACCGCUUCGUCUUUAACGACAACCUUAGGGACGACCGCUCCGAUGUCGAGAGCGAAGCCGAGGACUCGGCCGGCCCCGCCGCCACCGCCACGGCCAACGGAGCGUCAACGGCGAACGGCUCGGCCAUCAAGAAGAGGAAAUAG